AUGACGAAGAGAAAGACCAAAGACGAAGAAGAUGAGGAGUAUCAGAAGGAGAAAAUCAAGAAGGCUCGCACAGAUCUCCUGAACUACGACUUUUUCCAUGACAAGCCCGAUCUGCAACUACACGGUUGUCUCCUUGCUCAAAAAGACAUUCCCUCAGUUCUCGUCUGUAAUGGCGAACAGUACAACGUCUUUCCACAGAUCCUCGAGAUUUGCUCGCCGUCCUUCUCAGAACGAUGGACACACGUCAUGCAUGAAAGUCGCGACUACGUGAACCUGGACUCCCUGGACAUUCGCGGUGUUCAGAUUUACGCAGAUUGGGCGAUGGACCAUGAGAAUCCCGCUCUGAUUGCGAUCAACGACAAUGAAGGAGACAUCAUGGACGAUGUAAUUGUGUGCUAUCUUACAGCACGCAAGCUACGUGCUUAUCUGCUCUGCGAUCUUAUCCUCUCCCAAGCCUGCGAAGUUGGCAAGGAGACAGAACUGAUCGUACGCCACGCUCAGAUCACAAGAGCAUAUACCGAGACGAAGAGACCAGAGGAUGCUCUACGCAGCUUCCUUUCUGCUCUUGUGGCUUACAAACGCCGCAAUGGCUUGGACGACCCAAUCGCUGGCAGAGACNCCGCCCCCGACAAGCAACGUGCCAGAUUCGAAGCUUUACCCAAAGACUUUCGAUUCGACUUGAUGGACCAGCUGUCCAAGAAUACUGCAGCUCAGAACCCCUGCCACAGACCCAGAAGAUUCCUCAAAGUGGUUGCGUAUCAUAUGCAGAAGAAGGAAGAGAAGAGGGCGGCUGCAGAGCGAGCCCGUCUAGAGGCAAGGGGCACCGAAGCUUCUCCUCUCUUUGUGGACGAAGAGGAUGAGGAAUGA